GAACCGGGAUUCGAACCCACAAUCAUAGAUUUCUGGCCUGCCAAAGGGACGCAACUCUGCACAACGAAUCGCGGCGCCUUAGACGACUGGGCCACCCGUGCCCCCUUCUGCACUUGGAAUUAUAGGAAUGUCUCUAUUGAAAUAUAAACAAUAAAUACGACAUGCAUCUGGCUGAAUGGCCUUUCGUUGUCUGUUUUAAGGAAGGCAAAUAAUGUAAGUCAGACCAAAUUCAACUCACGUGACUUGGAAGAAUCUGCCAAGUGAUUGAUUGCUUAAGAAUAUGUUUUGAACAAAAACAAUAUUUGUAUAUUUUUCAUUUCAUAAUACAUCAUCUACGAUCCCUUCAUACCGGGUACCCACAUGCCGCUGGGUGAAAAGAGGCAUCGUCACUCCACGGCUUUUUUCCGAGUCAAGUCUUCCUGAGAACACUCACCCAUCCAGCUUCUCUCCGCCGCCAACGUUGUUUAACCUCCCCUGAUCAGCAAAGCAUGUGCUCAACCGGGAAAAGUACUGACAGUUGAAAAUGAACUUGAAGCAUGCUUACCCUGUGGGAGUAGCGAUCAUUUUCAUUUGGAUUGGAGUCAGUUCUUAUUCGGGGAACUGGGCGAGUUUCGACGUCAGAGGAGGCUGGUAUUUGUACAAUGAUUCCAGGCUGUUUUGGGAUGAUGCCAGAGCAAGUUGUCUGUCGAUUGGAGCCGAUCUCAUCAGUAUCCACUCCCAGGCUGAAAAUGACUUUGUAUACGAGAAUAUUACGAGAAAUUGGAUUGCAAUUGGGGCAACAGACGCUGCAGAAGAGGGUACAUUUCUCUGGACUGACGGGUCUCCGAUGGAUUAUACAGACUGGCAAAGUGGUGAACCCAACAAUGCUCGCGGUGUGGAAGAUUGUGUUUUCAUGCAACCGUCUGACAAGGAAAAGGGAUGGAUUAGGGAACCUUCUGACAAGAGAAUGGGAUGGAAUGACGGUCGAUGUAGCUCUGACAUGACUGCUGCCUUCAUAUGCUAUCAAGAAGUCAGUUCUUAUUCGGGGAACUGGGCGAGUUUCGACGUCAGAGGAGGCUGGUAUUUGUACAAUGAUUCCAGGCUGUUUUGGGAUGAUGCCAGAGCAAGUUGUCUGUCGAUUGGAGCCGAUCUCAUCAGUAUCCACUCCCAGGCUGAAAAUGACUUUGUAUACGAGAAUAUUACGAGAAAUUGGAUUGCAAUUGGGGCAACAGACGCUGCAGAAGAGGGUACGUUUCUCUGGACUGACGGGUCUCCGAUGGAUUAUACAGACUGGCAAAGUGGUGAACCCAACAAUGCUCGCGGUGUGGAAGAUUGUGUUUUCAUGCAACCGUCUGACAAGGAAAAGGGAUGGAUUAGGGAACCUUCUGACAAGAGAAUGGGAUGGAAUGACGGUCGAUGUAGCUCUGACAUGACUGCUGCCUUCAUAUGCUAUCAAGAAGUCAGUUCUUAUUCGGGGAACUGGGCGAGUUUCGACGUCAGAGGAGGCUGGUAUUUGUACAAUGAUUCCAGGCUGUUUUGGGAUGAUGCCAGAGCAAGUUGUCUGUCGAUUGGAGCCGAUCUCAUCAGUAUCCACUCCCAGGCUGAAAAUGACUUUGUAUACGAGAAUAUUACGAGAAAUUGGAUUGCAAUUGGGGCAACAGACGCUGCAGAAGAGGGUACGUUUCUCUGGACUGACGGGUCUCCGAUGGAUUAUACAGACUGGCAAAGUGGUGAACCCAACAAUGCUCGCGGUGUGGAAGAUUGUGUUUUCAUGCAACCGUCUGACAAGGAAAAGGGAUGGAUUAGGGAACCUUCUGACAAGAGAAUGGGAUGGAAUGACGGUCGAUGUAGCUCUGACAUGACUGCUGCCUUCAUAUGCUAUCAAGAAGUCAGUUCUUAUUCGGGGAACUGGGCGAGUUUCGACGUCAGAGGAGGCUGGUAUUUGUACAAUGAUUCCAGGCUGUUUUGGGAUGAUGCCAGAGCAAGUUGUCUGUCGAUUGGAGCCGAUCUCAUCAGUAUCCACUCCCAGGCUGAAAAUGACUUUGUAUACGAGAAUAUUACGAGAAAUUGGAUUGCAAUUGGGGCAACAGACGCUGCAGAAGAGGGUACGUUUCUCUGGACUGACGGGUCUCCGAUGGAUUAUACAGACUGGCAAAGUGGUGAACCCAACAAUGCUCGCGGUGUGGAAGAUUGUGUUUUCAUGCAACCGUCUGACAAGGAAAAGGGAUGGAUUAGGGAACCUUCUGACAAGAGAAUGGGAUGGAAUGACGGUCCAUGUAGCUCUGACAUGACUGCUGCCUUCAUAUGCUAUCAAGAAGUCAGUUCUUAUUCGGGGAACUGGGCGAGUUUCGACGUCAGAGGAGGCUGGUAUUUGUACAAUGAUUCCAGGCUGUUUUGGGAUGAUGCCAGAGCAAGUUGUCUGUCGAUUGGAGCCGAUCUCAUCAGUAUCCACUCCCAGGCUGAAAAUGACUUUGUAUACGAGAAUAUUACGAGAAAUUGGAUUGCAAUUGGGGCAACAGACGCUGCAGAAGAGGGUACGUUUCUCUGGACUGACGGGUCUCCGAUGGAUUAUACAGACUGGCAAAGUGGUGAACCCAACAAUGCUCGCGGUGUGGAAGAUUGUGUUUUCAUGCAACCGUCUGACAAGGAAAAGGGAUGGAUUAGGGAACCUUCUGACAAGAGAAUGGGAUGGAAUGACGGUCCAUGUAGCUCUGACAUGACUGCUGCCUUCAUAUGCUAUCAAGAAGGUAACACUUGCAUUAUCUUCCUCAGUUCUUAUUCGGGGAAAUGGGCGAGUUUCGACGUCAGAGGAGGCUGGUAUUUGUACAAUGAUUCCAGGCUGUUUUGGGAUGAUGCCAGAGCAAGUUGUCUGUCGAUUGGAGCCGAUCUCAUCAGUAUCCACUCCCAGGCUGAAAAUGACUUUGUAUACGAGAAUAUUACGAGAAAUUGGAUUGCAAUUGGGGCAACAGACGCUGCAGAAGAGGGUACGUUUCUCUGGACUGACGGGUCUCCGAUGGAUUAUACAAACUGGCAAAGAGGUGACCCCAACAAUGCUCGCGGUGUGGAAGAUUGUGUUUUCAUGCAACCUUCUGACAAGAGAAUGGGAUGGAAUGACGGUCUAUGUAGCUCUGACAUGACUGCUGCCUUCAUAUGCUAUCAAGAAGGUAACACUUGCAUUAUCUUCCGUAAGUACAUGUGCAGACAUGUGCAACCAAUAAACAUCAUAAAUACCGAUCUGGUCACAUGGCUAUAGAUUUUAUUUCUUGAAGAUAUAUGCCAUAGCCGAUAUAUAGAGAACCCCAUUCAGUUAUCCUGAUUUUAAAGUUAUCCGUCAGUUAAAUUUAUGUAUUGUUUAUACAUUUGUUACAAAUGUUAUAUUUGGGAUAACACUUUCUCAGUAAAGAUUCUCGGUUUUUUUGUUUUUUUUGUGUGUGAGUUUUUGUUUUGUU